GAAAGGCAACGCGAGAAUACGCGUGACGCCAUGGAGUGGUUGACUGCUGUCGUGUCGUAAUCAGCAAUUUAUUGAAGUAUUAGAAUAGGGGUGACGUAUAUCCUUUGGAAACAGACAUUGCAUUUAUUCAAAUAAUGGUGUAAUUGUUUACCACGAAAAUGGCUAUCACAAUGGUGGAAAAUCUACGAGGAUUUUCUCAAAGUCGACCACCAAUUGUUGUAUUUAUGAUUUGCUUAGGAGCAUUUGCUGUUGCAUUAAUCACAUUUGCCUAUAUUGUUAAAGUUAAAGAUUUCCCUAAUCCUGAUAUGGCUGAGGACUGGAAUACAUUUCUAGAGAGUUUUGCUGAUGUGGAAUUUUGUGUUAUGAGUAAUUCAAGCGAUUAUGUAACUGAAUCAAAUUCCAGUCCAACACCCAGCAGCAGUAAUAAGAUCAGUAAAUUAACACAAGAUUUGAUGCCAACUACACCUUCAAAUACUCAACAACAAGAAGGAGUUGUAAAUGUUUCUUUACAAAUGUUAGUAGAAAUGCAACCAACAACUGACUUUGUCAGUAUUCCACAUAAUGUAACAUAUCUAUCAACUACUUUAACUGGGAAUCAGCUGGGUUUACAAGGCAAUGUAGCCAACUUAGAUGUGAAUGUAACAUUUACCUUACCAUUUGAAUGGAAUACAACUAGGUGUAUUGAUGAAGAAUGUGACCCUGUUAAAAUACUUACAUGUAUAAGUUUUCAAGCUCCUGUUUCAUUUUUUCCAAGAACCAGUCGACCUAAACAGUGUCCAGCAGUUGUAGAGGGUGGAGUAGAGUACCACGUCAAAAUGAUAGGUUUUUCUGGAAGAAAGAAUAAAGUUUGGUGUAGGAGUCGUCCAGUAAUACAAAUGAAGUAUAAACUUGAUCCAACUCUAACUGUAAUGCUAUCGUUGCAUGACAGAUCUGUGAUAAACCUUCAUCUUAUGCACACCAGUUAUUUUCUCUUUGUUAUGGUUGUUACUAUGUUCUGUUAUGCCAUUAUUAGAGGCCGUCCUUCAAAAGGUAAAAUUGUGCAUUAUGUUGAAAAGGUUCCAACUCAAGCUUAUUAAGUUAUUGAGAAGUGUGAUUUAUUUUUCUAUUAGCUAUAUUUCCACGUAUUCUUUAUGUGUUGUGAACUACAAUAGGCUAUAUUAGCUGUGUAUGUGAUGAUAUUCAAGCGGUUCAGUCUAAUUUUAAUUAAAGUCAAGACGAUGAAAAAGUAAUGAUACUCAACGUGUGAGGUGACUAGUGGAUCAAACUGUCAAAAAAGUUUUCAAUAUGAGGAAUACUAAAAAGUAAAUUAUGACUGAAAAGUGGAAGUAAAAUGUACUGUAUUGAUAUAAAUCAACCAUGGAAAAGUGUACAUGUAAUUAUAAGUUGCACGAUUUUAAGAGGUGAAGAAAUAAUUUCAGUUUCAUGUAUCAUAAUUAUUUUGAUAAACUCUUUUUAACCUGGAAACCUGACACAAACCAACAAUCAAUGAAGAAAUGAUUCUACAUUGGUACUUAUGUAGAUCAAAUUAUUCUCUAAAAGUAGACAAAUUUAGCUAAUGAAUCUGGGCGAUAAGCUUUCUUGUCAUAUCAUGAAGGACAUCAAGAUGACAAGGAUAUAAUAAACUUAACAAAGAUGGUAUGGUUAAACUGAUAAGAAGACUUACAAUAAACUGCUGGAACUAAUAUAGUAAUAUUUUGAGAUACAGACAUAUAAUUUAACUAUGGUCUGGAUUACAUACAAACUAAAUUAAUAUCAACUUCCAUGUAUGGAUGUACUAAUGCUAGACAAUACUUUUUCAAUAUUUUCAAAAUCAUAUUUGUUUUAGCCUUUUUUUACUUGAACACAAAAAUGCUGUACAUGUGCCGUCCAUGUUCAACAUUUGAUAUAAUAAAUGCUAGCAUUUGUCUCAAAAGCCACCAGAAAUAAUUUUAUGAGCUUAUUUCUAUACACUUGGUGUAUUUUUCAAGUAUCGCAAUAUCUGAAAUAGAUCAUAUCCCCCAGCACUAAAUCCAUUUUUCUGAGUGAUAUAUUAACUAUUAAACUUACUUACAUAUUUCAAACUUUCACCUUCAUAUACCCAUAAAUCAAUUUAAAAAAUUCAACUUAACAUGUUCAUUUACUUCAUUGUGCUAGUAAUAAUAUUAACGUAUAUCUAUUCCUCCUUUCACCUGUAUUGUAAAUAAUAUUCUGUUCUAAUCUAAGUGUGAUUGAAGUGUUAUUGUAAAUAGUUGAUAAUGCAUAUUAUUAAAUACAUUUAACAGAUUUAUAUUUCAUAAUAUCAGUAAAAGUGCUUUGUUACAUUCCAUUGUAGUUAAUUAUAAUUGAUGGGAUUGUAGAAGGUUAUUAAAUGAUGGGAUAUUAAGAGAGAACUGUACAUACAGAUUUGUUAUUAUUAAAGUACAGAAUGUUUUCUAUUUUUGUCAUACAUAGCUUUAAGUUCUGCACUUUCAAAGACUGGUAAUUAAAUAAUAAAAAAAACGUUUGCUCCUUGACUUAAUUCCGUACAUUCCUGUAUUUUCUAAGAUUGAUCUAAAAUGACAACCACAAUAAUGUUUCCUUUUGUUGAUUAAUAAGUCUUUUUACCCUAGUGCUGUUGGUAAUAAAUCUAAUUAUUAAUUAGGAAUACACACAAAUACAUGUAUGUACCAUGUUCUAGUUAUACCUAAAGAGGCAAUGUCACUCUCUACAACAAAUUAUAUGCAAAUAAUUUUAGAUAUUAUUAUUUUCAAAGUAAUAUUUGACUCGAACUAAUUAUUUAAACUCAUUGCAUUCACUUACUUCAGAGUAAAAUAUUUUUCGUAAGUCUCUUGAAAUCCACUAAAAACAAUUGUAUGCCUGGUAAAAUGGGGCAUAAAGUAGCUUCUUAGAUUUGUUUCAAAAUUUACAUACAAUCUACUGUGAAUAUGUGUGAUGUAACAGUGUUGUUAAAUCAAUUAAAAUAUUUUUUUCACAACCAAUAAAUAUUUUGGAAUUGGAUAAUAUAUAAAGACUCUCAGCAUGAUUUUAGUGCUAUAGGAAUCCUUUGUAUAAUUGUAAACUACAAUAUUGUGAAAGUUGAAUCUUCUAAUAGGAAUAUCAGUCCAAAAUUCUGUUCAGUAUUUACAAGGAUAUGGUGAAAUGAAAAUUCCAUUGAUCUAUGAGAUAACUAUUUUUAUUUUCCGUGAACAAAAUUGAUGGGCCUGUUUAUAAUCCGGUUGAAUAAAAGAUUAUCUAGCGUUGAUAUUUUGAUUUUGCUUUCUUAAACAUACAUUAUGCAAGAACUAAAUCUGCCUAUUGCAGGGUCUUUCUUUAAAGCCUGAAAUGUUAUAUAAACUAUUAAUUAGACAAUUAUUAACAUGAAAAGACCAUCAUCAACUCUUGAUGCCAUCUUAUCUGUGCUAUUUUCAUUACAUUUGAAUCCUAUCUGCUGUUCAACAUCUUUUGAUGAUUAAACUUAAAAAUGGAUAAUCAAAACUUUGUUAACUAUCACAAUAGUGGUAACAAUGACAAUCGAGGCUACAGUGACUCUAAAAUAAGGUUUCUUGGCUUAGAGUGAAGCAAUUUGACUGAAAUUUUCAGCAUAUUCCCUUUAUAUCAUCUCGUUUUUAACUAUUAUAGUGAGAACUGCCAGCUCUUUAUCUUAUCAUCCAUAAUGUAUCUUUAACUAAAUGUUAAAUAAUCAGAGUACAUAUUUGUGUGGAUUAAGAGUGAGAAAUUUGAUAUUUUCUGAAAUUUGAUAUUUUGUCAACAAUAAUUUAAGUUACAAUAAUUACCAGAUAUUUCAGGAAGCUAAUAAGAUUUAUAAAUUAUCAUAUGGCUUUCCCCAUUGUUGUACAUAAAGAAAUUACCCUAUACUUGUUAUGUUUAUUACCAUUGUUAGAUAACACUGCUUUAAUUGGUAUUAGUUAAAUAUGUUAAAUUUGAAUUAAUUUUAUUUUCAUAUGGUGUUGUAGUGUUCAUAUAAAUAUUUAAUAUAUGUAUAUGGAUAGCCAGUAUUCAAUAUAUACAGUAUCAUAGCUUAUUAUCUAUUACGACCAUAGAUAAGUUAAAUUGUUAUUGUAUAUAGUUCCAAUGCUUUUUGACAUAGGUAAAAUAAAAUAAUUAUCCUACUUUAUAGGCAGUUAUUUGAUAAAAGGGAAAAAAAAUAUAUUGUAUGGCUGGAAUAUAUAAACCAUGGAAAUAAGUAUUUCAAAUGUAGAUAAGAUACUGUAAUAUUAAAGGAAUGGAGACAACAUUUACUGUACUGACAGAUGAUUUUUAUGAUUCUUUUUUUUUUUUCAUUUGCCAUUGUGCCACUUUUAACAAAUCACAUUUCCUAUGCAUUAUAUGUAAUUUAAAUGUUCUGUCAUGAAAAGACAUAUUUCAAUAUUAUAUAAUGUGGUUGAAUUUUGUAUAUUUACACUGUUGAAAUUUGUUAAAGAGUUAUUAAUUAUUGUUGUUUCAUAUUAUGAUCAUAACAGAUGGUUUUCUAAUUGUGUAUAUAUUCCGACAUUCUGGGGAAAUAAAAAAAAACAAAUUCA